UUAGGAGGAGACAGGAUCAUCACACAGACAGACGUGUGCUCCCAGGCCAGGGAGAAGCAGCCGAUUGCAGAGCUGUGCAGAGGGGGCGGGGCUAACUGCUCUUUAGGGGGAGACAGAGGAUCACACAGAGAUGUCAGACCAGGCUGAGAGCAGUGAAACGGAAUCAUUGCUGAAGCAGGUCCGAGAAAUGCAUGGAGCUGGAAAUGUGGACCCGAAGAUGGAAGACGUCCUGAAGAAGAUCAGCAUGAUCCAGAAAGGUUCUGGAGAACAGACGGAGGCGGAGAGCAAGGACUUGGAGCAGCAGAAAGCAGCCGUGCAGGACGAGAUGGAGAAAGUACACGCAGAGAAAGUCAGACUGAGGGAAGUUCUCCAGAAGAAGCAAGAAAACAUCCAGAUCCUGAAGCUGCAGCGCGACAACCUGCUGGAGAAGGAGAAGAGACUGCAGGAGCAAACGGAGGAGACCAAGAAGAAGAUCGAUGACCUGGCCACCAAAAUCCAGCAGGAGAAGCUGAAGCAGAGAAAGCAGAGGAUGGAAUUUCAAGAUCACCUGGAAGAUCUGAUGACGAAACAUAAAUCCCUGGCGGAGUUUUAUAACUCAAAGAGACUGGCAGCAGAGAUCCCUCAGAUGGAAGAGCGGAAGAAGGAGCUCCUGGAAGAAGAGCGAGAGAAAGUCAGUAAGCUGAAGGAGGUGCAAGAGACAGAAGACAGGCUGAGAGCGCAAGGUGUCCUGACAGCUGAGACUCUGUUCCUGCACAGCGAGGAGGCAGCGUGCGCAGUAAAACUGUUUCAGGAAGAAAACACACGUGCCAAAUCCAUGCUGGAAACAGUGACUGCGUGUCACACGGAUCUCCUGAACAAAUAUAACAGGCUGAAAGCGGAGGUGGAAGCAGCAGAGAGGAACCCGUCUACCCCAGGAGUGGCUUCUUCUAGUGAUCCUCAGCAGCCAGGGAGAGCACAGAUGCCAGAUCGUGGUACUUUCAUGCCUUAGUGUCGCCAUCCAGAGCAUCAUACAAGUUACAAUGUGUCCCUGUCGCCAUCUGGAGCAUCAUACAAGUUACAUUUCGUUCAUGUCGCCUUAGUGUCGGCAUCCGGAACAUCAUACAAGUUAUAUUGCGUCCCUGUCAACUUAGUGUCGCCAUCCGGAGCAUCAUACAAGUUACAUUGCGUCCCUGUCACCUUAGUGUCGGCAUCCGGAGCAUCAUACAAGUAACAUUGCGUCCCUGUAACCUUAGUGUCGCUAUCCGGAGCAUCAUACAAGUUACAAUGUGUCCCUGUCGCCUUAGUGUCGGCAUCCGGAGCAACAUACAAGUUACAUUGCGUCCCUGUCACCUUAGUGUCGCCAUCCGGAGCAUCAUACAAGUUACAUUGCGUCCCUGUCACCUUAGUGUCGCCAUCCGGAGCAUCAUACAAGUAACAAUGUGUCCCUGUAACCUUAGUGUCGCUAUCCGGAGCAUCAUACAAGUUACAAUGUGUCCCUGUAACCUUAGUGUCGCUAUCCGGAGCAUCAUACAAGUUACAAUGUGUCCCUGUCGCCUUAGUGUCGGCAUCCGGAGCAUCAUACAAGUUACAUUGCGUCCCUGUCACCUUAGUGUCGCCAUCCGGAGCAUCAUACAAGUUACAUUGCGUCCCUGUCACCUUAGUGUCGCCAUCCGGAGCAUCAUACAAGUUACAUUGCGUCCCUGUCACCUUAGUGUCGCCAUCCGGAGCAUCAUACAAGUAACAUUGCGUCCCUGUAACCUUAGUGUCGCUAUCCGGAGCAUCAUACAAGUUACAAUGUGUCCCUGUCGCCUUAGUGUCGGCAUCCGGAGCAUCAUACAAGUUACAUUGCGUCCCUGUCACCUUAGUGUCGCCAUCCGGAGCAUCAUACAAGUUACAUUGCGUCCCUGUCGCCUUACUGUCGGCAUCCGGAGCAUCAUACAAUUUACAUUGCGUCCCUGUCACCUUAGUGUCACCAUCCGGAGCAUUAUACAAGUUACAUUGUAUUCCAGUCGGCAUCCGGAGACAUACCAGUUACAAUGCGUUCCUGUUGCCUUAGUGUCGCCAUCCGGAGCAUCAUACAAGUUACACUGUGUUCCUGUCGCCUUAGUGUCAGCAUUUGGAGUAUCAUACAAGUUACAAUGCAUUCCUGUCGCCUUAAUGUCGGCAUCUGGAGACUCAUACAAGUUACAAUGCGUUCCUGUUGCCUUAGUGUCGGCAUCUGGAGACUCAUACAAGUUACAAUGCGUUCCUGUCGCCUUAGAGUCGGCAUCUGGAGACUCAUACAAAUUACAAUGCGUUCCUGUCACCUUAGUGUCAGCAUCCGGGGAUACAUAUCAGUUACAAUGCGUUCCUGUCACCUUAGUGUCAGCAUCCGGGGAUACAUAUCAGUUACAAUGCGUUCCUGUCACCUUAGUGUCGGCAUCCGGGGAUACAUAUCAGUUACAAUGCGUUCCUGUCGCUUUAGUGUUGGCAUUCGGAGACAUAUAAGUUACAUUGCGUUCCUGUGUCAUGUUCUCAGUUCAUCUUUUCCUUACAGAACUAAUUGGCUUUUGCUGCCCUGUAGUUACAUGAAUAAAGGGAAUUUUCUCCUGCAUAA